AGCGAUGGCGCACCGACGGAGAGAGAUGGCGUGAGGAUGAGAAAGAUGGUGCAGCGAUGGAACGCGUUACAAUGGCCAGCGCUGCGAUGGCAGCGAUAGCGAUGGCCAGCGCUGCGAUGGGAGCGAUGCCGAUUGUCAGAGUUGCGAUGGUCAGGCGAGCGAGACGGCUGCGAUGGGGGAUGGCCAACACUCCGGGGAACUAUUUUGGGCCAGUUGUUUUCAUGCGACCCACUUGCUUUCCGGAGGUUGAGGGAGCGGACGACGUUCUUCCUCUCGGUACCAUCGUCUCGUUCGACAAGAUUUCUGGAGGUUUGCUCAAGCUGCAGACCAACGUCUUGUAUGACAAGUGCAGACUGCCUUUAAGAGAUGUUAAGGGUGUGAUAGUGGUCAUCAAGAGUUUCACGGGGUACGGCUCGAACAUGACGCUGUGCCCUCACUUCAAAGGGCUUUACGAUGAUAAGCGUCUUCCACUGUCAGUGCAAUACCUCGGUCUCGCACUGAAGGUGCCGAAAGACCGUCUGGUUCUUCCGCGAGAAUAUGUUUUUCGGCUUCUGCCAGCCCAUGAGGGGUCGUCCGGCUUGGCUCAAGAAACUGCUGAGACACCAGUGGGUCACGGGAGUGCGAUUCAAGACGCUGAGGGUCGGGGCAAGGGGCACGCACGCAAAAUUCACACGCAGGUCGGCCCGGAUGCUCCUGGGAACACGUCAGACUUGCAUUCUCCAGAUGCAGGGACUCUCCGGGCCGGAACUCUGAAAAUCCUCAAGGCGUGCUGCCAGGGCGACACGUAUUCUCUUCGAGAAGAGACGGGAAGAGAAUCCGGCAGAUCGGGGCAAGAGGUUGGAGGGAGUGAGGCUGAAGGGAUGGGCGCUGUACGCGAAAGCUCUGGCGGGAAGCCGACUUCUUCGGAGAAGAAGCGCGAGCGACAGAGGAUGGUGCAAGAGGAGGUGGCGGAGGAAACCCGCCGCAUGAAGAGGAUGAAAGGACAAUCGGAACCGGUGAUGGGCGGGGAUGGAGGUGAUGUUGGAGAACGUGCCUCGGGAAAGAGGGCGCCUGGGAUACGUGGCGGACAAGAACAUGGAGUCGGAAAGAGGCCGUCGAAGGAAGAGGGUGCGACGGCAAGUAAAAAAGCGAAGAGGUCCGGCGGUUUGACCAUCUGCGAAGGACAAGCCAUGGGUGGAGAAGAUUCGGCUCAUCCAGGCGCUGCGGCCAUAGGAGAACCUUCGGGGAAAUCCAAAAGGAAAGUGGCAGCUGAAGAAGGCGAUGGCCAGAAGAAACCUCGAAGGAGGAAGACUGCUCAGGCGGCGAGCGAUGGCGAACGGGCUGCCGGUGGGCAGUACGACGAAGCGACACCGUUCUGGCUCGAAUACAAGCGGAACAAUGACGGUGAUAUCGUGGAGAAGGAGCUCCCCGUCCAACUGCUCAUCGACCCCAGGAAGGUCUGCGACAUCCGGCCUUGGGAAAUAUAUUACAACCACCGCAGUCUCAAUCGCGAAAAUGUAGACGACAUCAAGGUUGUGAUGCUAAGUCAGUUCCACGGGGAAAAGGGGAAGAUGUGGAUGAAAAACCCUUUGGUUUUGGCACCCAUCUACAAGCUGGUGACGCAUAGGCAGGAGAAAGCCGACAGGGUUCACAAAGACGUAUUCAAGCCAGAGGACAAGGACAAGUACUACUAUUACCCUGUCAACGGACAACACACCAUGGCUGAUGUGAAGGAGCUGGUGGAUGAGCCAAUAUUCGAAUUGUGGAAGAUGCACUCGUGGCCGGCGGGAGUAGUGUGGUUCUCCGACGAAGAUUUCGCGAGGUAUGUGCAGAGUCCGAACAACACUCACUGGACAUUGGCAAAAAAAACGCUAAAGCUCGCCGACAAGGUGUAUGUCGCUGCCGUUGGCAAUGCAUUGAGGCAAUGGAUGCCGCUCGUGACGGCCGGUGAUAACGUUUUCCGUAAAGGCAUGGAGUUCUACGAGAAAUGGGCGGAGGGGAAGUUGUUGGGCGGCGACGGGAAGACGCCAUUGUCGAGGCCGGGCAAAUACAUGCCAGACAAAUCUCCGGGUCUUCAAGCAAUUCCAGAAAUGGGCUCGAAAGGGGCGGCUGGUGAAACGAAGAUGAGGUGGCUGGUCCGGGUCCCACCGCCUCCGACCAAAAAGAAAACGCAAGCGGACGACAAGUUUUUCGUGGUCGUGAAGGAGCCGGACAUGUUCUGUUGGCAGUGUCUCGCCGACAUGACCGAUGUCGAGAAACUGUCGAUCCUUGACGACAUUCUCUCACUAAGGGGAGUGUUCGUGCAACCGAAGGGCAGGCAUCAGAAACGUCUACAUAAACGUGGAAUUAAAGACAUGGUCGCGACGAGGAAAGUGGACCACGUGAUGCUCCGUAUGUUUUAUUACAUCUUGUUCCUUGAAACGGAGGAGGACGAAGGUGUUAGGCGCUACGGGAGUCUUUUUUUCGGGACCAAGGGGCGGCUUCUGGAGGAGUUUGGGCCGCAAGGCCUCACGAAACAGGUGUGGUUCGAACUGCGAAAGCAUUUCCAGAGCGCGGUGGUGUACGUGAACACUUGCAAAUGUACUCUUCCGCACGAGAAGGAGUCUCGCGACGACGCGAAGAGAUUGUACGAGGAUGACAGUUUCUUGAAAGGCAUGGCCAGGCUUAGCGUCCAUCACGUCAGGAUAGGGAAGUGGGUGCGCCAUGCACAAAAGCAGGCCACUGUCCGGGAAGGCAAUAUACUGGUUGAGGAGUGCGACCGCCUGUACGUGAUUUUCAAUGGCGAGAACCUGGCAGACAACACAGUCGCAGUCUACCCGGCCAGUAGCCCGACAAAGGCUUCCCAUGCUCAUGGUCCAAGUCCGGCCAAACACGAGGUGGCGGCCCGCUCGAAAGCUGUUCCCUCGCAGCCUGUGGGGGAGGACGGCGGCGUGACAAGUGCUCAUGGACCUGCUUACGGGGACAGGGAGCGGACCCCAUCCCAUCUACUUGGUCUACUCGAAAACUUUUGCAAAGCUGGGCAAACUGUUUUUUUCUUUGGGAAGGCACAUGCGUCUGUCGUGUGGCAGCUCCUGCGCAAUGGUCGGAACGUCGUCGUGUUGGAGAACGAGGCGAAGCUGAUCGAUUACCUUAACGAGCUCGUGAAGACACGCGUGGCAGACACUCGCAAUGAUUGCACUUUUGUCCCGCCCACCGGCGAACGAAACUAGGAUCCCAAACGUGACAUGUAUUGGAAAUUGCCGGGGAACAAAAGGACGGAGGUUUG